AGAGACAUGUCAUUGCGCAUGCUCCUAAAUUAGGCCUACAGCAAGCUGAGUAGGACAAGUUAAGUGCGCGCUUAUGUUUUUGUGUCGGCUCUGUUCUUGGAUACACUCACUGGGAAAUGUGCUGAGAAAACCCUGCUGGGAGUGGAGCCAAAUCUCUCCAGAUGUAAGUGAAAACAGCAGGACCGAGGAAACCGGUUGUAAAGGGAAAUGUUAGCAAGCCAGCGUAGGUGAAAUUUCUUCAAAAGACAUUUUUGUCACUUAAGUCCUUGUGUCUUCAGUAGGGGCUGAGAAUUACAGAGACAUUUUGGUUUAGAAGACAUUUAUCUUCACAUGCCUGUUGGCUGUCAACACGUUAGCUUCAAUGGAGGUCUCCUGCUCUGAAUGGACCAACUGUCGAGACAACCAUCACCUCAGCAUCAAAUGGAAAAAAGCCUAGCCCACAUUCAACUUAAGCCAUUGUUGAGGAGCUAGCUACUUUCUGCCCCUGCGAUCUGCCUUUUCCUACAACCCCUUAUCUCUCCCAUAUUACCUUUCUAAGUGUGAGACCAUGGCAUCAGUGCGCUUCACAGUGACACCCACCAAGGCGGAGGACCUCCCAGGGCUGUCCGACACAUCGCCGGAUCUCAGCUCCCGCUCUGGCCCCCAGGUGCGUUUUGGCUCUAGAGAGAGUGUCAAUCGCAGUGACCCCCUCAGUGAGGCGUCAGGAGGCCUGACGACCACCACUGCUACAGGAGGAGGAGGAGGAGGAGGGAGCGAAACGCCAGACCACAGCAACAUGGAUCAAGGUGAUGGGAACUCCAAAAUCUCCAGUGUGUACAUCAACAACAGUCAUGGGGUGGAUGAUGAUGAUUUCUACGACAGAAACUUGGCUUUAUUUGAGGAGGAGAUGGACACUCGGCCAAAGGUGUCCUCCCUGCUCAGUCGCCUGGCCAAUUACACCAACCUGACACAGGGGGCCAAGGAGCAUGAGGAGGCUGAGAGCAUUGGUGAGAAGAAGAAACCUGGCAAGUCUCCACAGAUGGGGACGUUCAUGGGCGUCUACUUACCGUGUCUGCAGAACAUCUUCGGCGUCAUCCUGUUCCUGCGUCUGACCUGGGUGGUGGGCAUGGCCGGGAUUCUGCAGGCCCUCGUUAUUGUCUUCAUCUGCUGCUGCUGUACAAUGCUGACUGCAAUAUCAAUGAGUGCAAUCGCUACCAAUGGAGUUGUACCAGCGGGGGGCUCCUACUUUAUGAUCAGUCGCUCUCUGGGUCCAGAGUUCGGGGGGGCAGUAGGCAUCUGCUUCUACCUGGGCACCACCUUUGCUGGAGCCAUGUACAUCCUGGGAGCCAUUGAAAUCUUGCUGAUGUACAUAGCACCAAAGGCGGCCAUUUUUGUGUCAGACCACCCUGAAGGCGAAGGGGCAGCCAUGUUGAACAAUAUGCGGGUUUACGGCUCCAUCUGCCUCCUCCUCAUGUCCUUGCUGGUCUUUGUUGGCGUCAAGUACGUCAACAAGCUGGCAUCCAUUUUCCUGGCCUGUGUCAUCGUCUCCAUUGUUUCCAUUUAUGUGGGUGCACUGGUCUCCGCCUUCAAGCCGCCACAGUUUCCUGUGUGCAUGCUGGGAAACAGAACAAUCAAUGGGCACGAGAUUGAGGACAACCAGUGUGCGAAAACUUUCCUGGUUCAGCUACCAGAGCCUGAAGAUGGAGACAGUGUCAACGUCACUGCAGUAGGUGAAAACAGCACUGUGGUCCCAGCCUUCGACACCAGUCUUCUUCCUGGUCUGCUGGAGAAGACCACAUUCCUUUGGAAGCAUUUCUGUCAGGGUUUAGAGCUCAACUCCACCUGUGACGAAUACUUUACCUCUAACAAUUUCACUGAGAUCACAGGAAUCCCUGGUCUGGCCAGUGGCAUCAUUUCAGAGAACUUGUGGAGUUCCUACCUCAGCAAAGGAGACGUGGUGGAGAAAAGCUCCCUCAGCUCCACCCAUUUUGCACAUCCAGCAUCCACGCACCAUCCAUAUGUGUUCGCUGACAUCACCACCUCGUUUACGCUGCUAGUGGGCAUUUUCUUCCCCUCUGUCACAGGAAUAAUGGCUGGUUCAAAUCGAUCGGGUGAUUUGAAGGACGCUCAACGCUCAAUCCCGAUUGGAACGAUUCUGGCCAUCCUCACUACAUCUGUCGUCUACUUGAGCAGCGUUAUUCUGUUUGGAGCCUGCAUCGAUGGUGUGGUUCUCAGAGAUAAAUUUGGCGACUCUGUAAACGGAAACCUUGUGGUCGGAACUCUAGCGUGGCCCUCUCCCUGGGUGAUUGUCAUUGGCUCCUUCUUUUCAACGUGCGGCGCCGGCCUCCAGUCACUCACCGGAGCUCCACGGCUCCUUCAGGCCAUCGCUAAGGACAACAUCAUCCCCUUCCUGCGGGUGUUUGGCUAUGGGAAGGCUAAUGGGGAGCCCACCUGGGCUUUGCUCCUAACAGCCCUGAUUGCUGAGUUGGGGAUUCUCAUCGCCUCUCUGGACCUGGUGGCUCCCAUACUAACAAUGUUUUUUCUGAUGUGUUAUCUGUUCGUAAACCUGGCAUGUGCUCUCCAGACUCUACUGAGGACACCUAACUGGAGACCACGUUUUUCCUACUACCACUGGACAUUGUCAUUUUUGGGGAUGAUUAUCUGUCUGGCACUGAUGUUCAUUUCCUCCUGGUACUAUGCAAUUGUUGCCAUGGUGAUUGCAAGCAUGAUCUACAAAUAUAUUGAGUAUCACGGGGCAGAAAAAGAAUGGGGUGAUGGGAUCCGGGGUCUCUCACUCAGUGCUGCCCGCUACGCCCUCUUGAGGUUGGAAGAGGGACCGCCACACACCAAAAACUGGAGGCCUCAGUUGUUAGUGUUGCUAAAACUGGACGAGGACGCCCACGUCAAAUCUCCCCGCCUGUUGUCAUUUGCCAGCCAGCUGAAAGCAGGAAAAGGCCUGACCAUCGUGGGCACCGUCGUCUGUGGUAACUUCCUGCAGAGCUACGGGGAGGCUCUGGCUGCAGAGCAGACUCUAAAGCACCUGAUGGAUAAGGAGCGUGUGAAGGGCUUCUGUCAAUGCAUCGUGGCCCAGAAGCCACGUGAAGGCAUCAGUCACAUGAUCCAGUCCAGUGGUCUGGGAGGAAUGAAACACAACACUGUAGUGAUGGGCUGGCCUCACGCCUGGAGGCAGAGUGAAGACCCUCAGUCCUGGAAGACCUUCAUCAACACUGUGAGAGUGACCACUGCAGCACACUUGGCUCUGCUGGUGCCCAAAAACAUCUCCCUGUUCCCCAGCAACAGUGAGCCUUGCACUGAGGGGUACAUUGAUGUAUGGUGGAUUGUCCAUGACGGUGGGAUGCUUAUGUUGCUGCCCUUCCUUCUGCGACAACAUAAGGUGUGGCGUAAAUGUGCAAUGAGAAUCUUCACCGUGGCUCAGAUGGAGGAUAAUUCCAUCCAGAUGAAAAAAGAUCUGGCAACUUUCCUCUAUCACCUACGUAUCCAAGCUGACGUGGAAGUUGUUGAGAUGCACAACAGUGACAUCAGCGCCUACACCUAUGAAAGGACCCUGAUGAUGGAGCAGAGGUCACAGAUGCUGCGACAGAUGAGACUCUCUAAAUCUGACCGGGAACGAGAGGCCCAGCUGGUGAAGGACCGCAACUCAAUGUUGCGUCUGACUAGCAUCGGCUCCGACGACGAUGAUGACACAGACGGUGUGGAGCGAGACCGUCCAAUCAGCAGUGGCGCCAGCAACUCAGAUCACCACCGUCGAGUUCAGAUGACCUGGACCAAAGAGAAGACGUCCCAAUUCAGAUCCACACACUCGGGCUGCUCCACGCCUGAGGGCUUCAGAGACAUGCUCAGCAUCCGGCCAGAUCACUCUAAUGUCCGACGAAUGCACACUGCUGUCAAACUCAAUGAAGUCAUUGUCAACAAAUCUCACGAUGCUCGACUCGUCCUCCUCAACAUGCCAGGACCUCCCAGAAAUACAGAGGGAGACGAGAACUAUAUGGAGUUUCUGGAGGUGUUGACAGAAGGACUGGAGCGUGUCCUGUUGGUCAGAGGUGGAGGCAGUGAGGUCAUCACCAUCUACUCUUGAUUGGUCUUAAGUGAGGUCCACAUGACCAGUGAGUGAAAGGAGGGGGACAGAGGGAAGAGUGGUGAGGUCAUCAUUCAUCAUCACGUCCUCCAAACGUUCAGAGCCUUUUCUUUCAUUUUUAAUACUUUUCUGUCACAGUCAGUGUUCCAUUCCACUUGUCUGUGUGAGAAAGUCGGAAGUCUGCUCGGUUGCUCACAGACAGAAACAGCGUUGUAUUGCCAUUCAUCAAGACCUCGAAGAGACAAAAAUGUCAGGCGAGACUCAGGGUUUGAGGAAUUUCUUUGUACAGAAUGUAUUUGACAAACAGAUGCGACUGCUGUGAGCUGAUCCUGAGGUGUUUUUUAUUUGUUUUCUUUUCUGUUUGAAGUACAAUUCUGAGAAGGUAAUAUCUGGACUCUUAGAAAUAGUCAAAAAUAGCGCUGUGGUUUUGAGCCUGCCAGAAAAUGUCACAAGACAUUGCAUUAACACUGGAAUACAGUACAGCUACAGGUGUUUGUAUAAAACCUCAACAUUUUACAUCCACAGUUACAUAAAGGUAAAAAAUAUGUAAUGCAACUGAACAGAAUUCUGCUGCUGUUCUAUCAAGAUUUACUGUUAGCUUGUAUGGAAAACCAUUUCUGCCUGAAAAAAUGGUUCUACACUACUUAAAAUUAAAAACAAGUUAUUUGCCCUGUAUACUACAGGUUAUCACAUUUAUAAACCAAAGCCUCAAAAAUAGACUACAUUCUUAAAAUGCAAUCUUUUUUUCAAAAUAAUAACAUCUGAUAACUAUCAAUUGUAUUGGGAUUUUUUUAGAGUCAUUAGACCAAAAAAAUACCUUGGAGAAUUUGACAAUAUACAGCUUUAAAGCGGCUUAAGUACCAUGAAGUAAUCCAACUGAUGAAUAAGUCUUAAAUGUAUGUUUUUAUAUUUACACACAUUACUUAAUUUGAUUGAGUAAUAAUGUUUUACAGUUUAAAUUAUACUUAUUUUAGUACUGUUAUAUUAUUUUCUCUUAUUUUCCAUGUAUGAUAUCACUUUUGUGUACACUUUAUCACAUAGGCAGGGUUUUUAAACAGAAAUGUGUUUCAGUACAUUAUACGGCACCAAUGUAAUUAUCACUGUAAUAAGACAAUUCUACUCUGUACCUGACUUGAACAUCUGUAUGUAAUCACUUAACACCAGCAGCGGGCGCUGCUCAUGUUGGCUGCAUGAUUCAGUACUCGGGCUACUCUGAACAAAGGUGGGCGGGGCUAUCGUUACGAAAACACAUUUACAGAAACAGACAUCACUAGUCAAACCAGCGUUCGGAGGUGGUUCCUCUGUUUUCGUGCCAUAAUUUGUCUUUUUGUUGAUCAAGUUAAUAGUUGGCGUGUUUGUUUGACAGUCAAGCCUUUUCUUUCAAAACAGUGAUGGUUGUGGAGGAAGAGUCAAAACCCUGCACUGCAUGCUGUCAAAAUGACUACCUGUGUGUAUUUGUUGUGAUUUUGCUCAGUAAAGCAAUUUAAUGUGCUUUGUU